AUGAUAGGUAGUAUUACCGCUUUCUUUGGGGCCCUCCAUACUCUGUACCGAAACCACCUCUCUCUCCUGGCCUUUCUUCUCCAAUCGGGCCAGGGCGGCCGUUUGCGUGGCGGGCUGCACGGAGGACGGCAGCAGGGAGUCGCCACCGUGAGAGGCCCGGUUAGCGCGGAAGCUGGGCUCCUCUUGCACCGGAACCCUUCCGCGCGCGAGUCCUUCCGGGGCGGGGGGUUCACCAUGGCAGCGGCCUUGGCUCGGCUUGGACUCCGGUCUGUCAAGCAAGUUCGGGUUCAAUUCUGCCCCUUUGAGAAGAACGUGGAGUCGACGAGGACCUUCCUCCAGGCAGUGAGCAGCGAGAAGGUCCGCUCCACCAACUUCAACUGCUUGGUGAUUGCAGAUGUGAGGCACGACGGCUCCGAGCCCUGCGUGGACGUGCUGUUCGGAGACGGGCAUCGCCUGAUUAUGCGCGGCACCCACCUCACCGCCCAGGAAAUGCUCUCCGCCUUCGCCUCCCACAUACAGGCCAGGGGCGCAGCAGAGAGCGGGGACAAGUCAGGCGCUGGUGCGGGGCGCUGACAGCGCAAGAGAACAAUGAGCAGAUUUUAAUCUGGGACUACUAGGAAACCUAUCUAAGAAGAGCUUUCCUUAAUCACUCAAAUCGCGAUAUGGAGGGCCUCAGCACCAAAAAGAGCUCCAUGACUACAGAUCCAACCAGUGUUUCUGGUACGAGACCAGAUGGGGAGGGGCCUGGACAAACAUGAAUUUAGUUCACUUUCUUACCAUCA